AUGGCUUUUGCUGCUCUUCUUUCUCUUGAACAAACCAUAGACCACAUCCUAAAUUGUGAUAUCUAUUCCUUUUCUCUUUAUGACAAGUCACCAAUCAUAUCUAUGAGCACAAAUAUUACUUCACUAAGAGAAUUUCUUGGAGAAUUUCCAGAGAAAGUCAACAACAUUUUGGAAGGACGAAUCAGGAAUGUAGCAAUCCACACCAAAGAUAUGAUUGAAAAUUUUAAGUUGUCGAGGAUGCGCUACGGAUACAUCAAGCACGCGGUGAAGGUUGAGUUCAGAUCCCAGCUUAGCGGAUUAAUGAUGCAAAUUGAUUCGAUCUCUGGAGAGGUAGAUAGGAUGAAAAGGGUCCCGCUCGGUAAUUACGAGUCAAACGUUGUUACUUCAUCCUUAAGAUUUCAAUCCUCCCGCAAGAAAGAAGCCAUGGUUGGUUUUGAUGAUGAUUUGAUGGCCAUAUAUGAGAUGCUUUGUGGACAAUCUUCGAAAUUACAAGUCCUUCCAAUCGUUGGCAUGGGAGGUAUUGGUAAGACUACUCUUGCUGCACACGCUUACAACGAUCCGUUAAUCACCGAGCAUUUUCACAUUCGUGCUUGGGUAACUAUUUCUCAAGAUUACGUUGCACAAGAUGUUUUCUCGAGGCUCUUAGCUUCCAUCAGCCCAGAAAGACCGGUACCAGGAGGGAGCAAUGAGUCAACUACAGUGGAGAGUGUUUACAAAAGCUUAAAGGGUAAGAGAUAUCUGAUUGUAUUGGAUGAUAUGUGGAGUACAAAGGUAUGGGAUGGUGUGAGGAGGUUAUUUCCGAAUGACAAUAAUGGAAGUCGAAUCAUACAAACCACAAGGUUGGGAGAGGUUGCCUCUUAUCCCGACUCUUCUAGCCAUGUUCAUAAGAUGCAUCUCUUAGAUGACGAACAAAGUUGGAAUCUGCUUCGGCAGAAAGUGUUUAAAGAAGAAUAUUAUCCACUGGAAUUGAAAAUCAUUGGAAAGGAGAUUGCGAAAAGCUGCGGAGGACUGCCGCUUGCAAUUGUGGUGAUUGCAGGAGUCCUAUUCAAGGGCGGUAAUAAUCAAUCUUUGUGGAAGAAAUUUGCAAGAAAUGUAAAAUCAGUUGUUGCUACAAAAGAUGGACGGUUUGAAGCGAUACUAACUUUGAGUUACAACAACUUACCUCAUCAUUUGAGGCCGUGUUUCUUAUACAUGGGAGCUUUUCCAGAAGAUUACGAGAUCCAUGUUUCAAAACUCGUCAAGUUAUGGGUGGCUGAGGGGUUUAUUAAUUCAUCAAGUGAAUGUAGAAGCCUGGAAGAGGCUGCAGAAGAAGAAUAUUUGGAGGAUCUUGUGAAGAGAAGUCUUGUUAUGCUCUCAAAGAGGAAGUCGAAUGGAAAAAUCAAAACAUGCCGAGUUCAUGACCUGAUGCGUAAAUUGUGCAUAAGAAUAGCCCAACACGAGAAGUUUCUGCAUGUCAUGUAUGGACAAGCUCCCACGAACAAUAUAGAAAAUCAGCGCCGCAUAUUUUUCAAUCAAUACGAUUUAAACGUUGAUCACCGAACCAUCCAUACUAUGAUAUGCUUCAGGGUGAUCGGUUUACGUUUUCAUAUACAAUACUUUAAAUCCCUCAGGAUAUUGGAUUUGGUGAGUACUGACGACUCUAUGUUGAAUUAUGCUGAUAUUAUGAAGCUUCUUGCACAAGUGUUUAAGUUCUUUCAUUUAAGGUACAUUGCUUUCGACUUCCGUAUGGAUAUUCCACCAUCCAUUUCAAACCUUCAAAACCUUCAAACUUUAAUCAUUCAUCCAGUGUCGUUCAUAUCUCUUCCUCCGGAAAUUUGGAGGAUGGCCGACCUGAGGCAUCUCGUGUGCUACCGAAAAUUCGGCCAAUUACCGAAUCCAGAGGAGGGAGCAAGUACUAGUAGUCGUGGUCUAGUAAAACUGCAAACACUUUGGGAAGUAACGGAUCUUAUAUGUACUCGAACCAUCCUCAAAAUGAUUCCAAACGUUAAGGAGUUGGCAAUUUUUUACACUAAGGAACACCAAGAAGAAGAGUACCACCUUGACGAUCUUGUACACCUGAAGCAACUCGAGAGAUUGAAACUAACUGUUCCUUAUUUUUGGUCUUCGAGCAGGUGGGAAAAGAUUACGCCGGCUUUUCCCAAGACGCUGAAAUGGUUAACCAUUAGAGGCGGGAGACGUCCGUGGAGUGAAAUGACGGUUGUUGGCUCGCUGCCUAAUCUUCAAGUGCUUAAAAUAAGAAAUCACGGCUUCGACGGGGAGACAUGGGAAACGAGCGAGGGGGGAUUUAUUGAGCUCAAACAUCUGAUGAUUGAAUACUCAAAACUCAAGUAUUGGGUAACCGAAAGCAACCACUUCCCGAAGCUCGAACGCGUAUUGCUCCAUGAUUGUUCAUAUCUAAUAGAGAUUUCGGAUGGUGUUGGAGAAAUUCCGACACUUGAACUAAUUGAGGUUAAGUUCUGCACCGAAUCUAUUGCGGGGUGGGCGAAAAGAAUGCGAGAGGAACAACAAGAUUACCGGAAUGACGACAUUCAAGUUCGUUGUUUGAAUUGUAUAUUUUAA